AGCAAUCUUGCAGUUAUUCGCGGUGAUUAAACACUACAUACCAAACUCAUUAACAUUAUUUACUCGAAGCUGAGAAUAAGCAACAAUUAAUAUCAAUAAUCAAUACAAUUCCCUCAACAAUGAGAUGUUAGUAAUAGGCCUAAUGCAUGUAAGACACAAAGGUCCCCUACACAUUGAUCUCGGUGCCAUCGGCCUCAAUGUCACUGACUUGUGUGAGAAACGUCUCUAACACCACUUUGUUAACUGUUACCUCAGCCCCAGGAGACAGACCUCGCACUCUAACAGCACUCUCGGUACAUCUGAGGCAUGUAACAGUACUUCCCUCUAUAUCGCUGUCUGUGGCAGCCACAUGUGAGACGAACAGCCCGGCUGACGUAAAUAUAGAACGCUCGGCAGUGACAGCUUGAUCCGUCUAUCUAGUCAAGAUGUGCGGUUCAGACUCGGGUCAUGCUCACUCGACCAGCAGGUUCAUUUGACCUAGAACCUGUCAGCUGUAAAUCCCGCGGCUUGCACGUGAUCCUGUAAAAAUAGCAUGAGCUAUGUUGUGAACUCGCGACGGGAAUCAAUACUGAGCUCGAAAGCAACUUGAGCCGUCUCAAGGUGAAUUAGUGUCACGUGAUUAACAACUGUCUCGCUUUACAGCAGUACAUGUAUACGGAUAUAACAUUGUGAUUCACAUUGAAAAGAGGUUCUAUAUUUCCUUGGCAGUUCUACUCUCAUGUUUGUCAUUGAUACCGUAACAAGCUGAGCGGGCCGCGUUAGUGUACCGACUUUUGCGUUAUAACGAGGUAGAUAUGAGCGAGAGUUGAGGUUGCGCUCAUUUGACCACUGUUCUUUUGUUGUGUUGAUUCUCUGACAGUGGAAUGUCCGCGCGACGCAGCCAUACGGAGCAUUUAGAAACUUUUCUAACUUAACUCACCAAACUGCACGCUGGCGGCAGUAAUGUUUAAGAGAUCCAUCAACUUCUCGCCGUUUGAGAAAGACCAGCUAUUACGCCUCAUCCGGGAGUACAUCGUUAUAUUCGAGGACAAGCGUUUAGAUGGAGUUGGAAGACGCGAGAAGGAGCGAGCUUGGCUGGAGCUAACGGACAGAUACAACUCGCUGGAAAAUGUCAACCUACGAACCAGCAAACAGCUACAGGCUUGUUGGAAAAAUCUCAAAAACAGAGCAAAGGAUGUCACCGAAGCAUGUAAGAGAGGAGAUGAGUUCCCAUUCUUCACUAUGUCCAACAAUCUUAAUUCGAGUUACCUCCCUUUCAACUCUUUCAGCGAGGAUGAAAAUGGAUACGAGAUUCGAGUGAAAGCAGAACGUAAUAGCGACGACGAAGAUGCCGCCCAUGACGACUUCACUGUCACCUUCAACGCCCAUCCACAACCCUACUCCGUCAGUAAUUCUCCUUCACCCCUUCCGGAGUCGGGCCCUGUAAAUUACGUUUACUCUCCCACCGCAUCCACACCAUCGUUACUGAUUCCUCCAUCAUCAUCACAUGUGCUGUCGUCAUCAGUUUCCGCGCUCGCGUCAUCCCCAUCUCGUUCCCCUCCCCGUGAAGGACCCCCGGAUGAGAAGGUUCAACGCCUGGAGAGAAGUGUCCCCACGAGAUUGCCGUGUUCAGUGCCUACUUACAAAGCCCCGGAACGAAGCAUUAGUAAGUCAGUUGAUCGCAUUGCCACCUCUAUACUCUUUGAGCGUGGCGUGUACGACCACCCGGGGUCCCAGGGAUUGCUUGUUCCUCGGUUGUCAGACGCUGUAUCAAGUGAAGGAAACCUCCCACCACGUGAUAACUGGAUGCAUAAUCACCAUCAGCAUUGCAAUACAAGUCCACCACAGUACAAAAAUGCUCAGCGAUUUAACAGUUCUACACAACCUUUAAGAAAGGGCGGUAACUCCCACCGUCCUAUCACGUCAUCUAGACCAAUGGCGUCAAAUACUGCCCGUGCAAGUGUCAAUGGCCACGUACCGCUUCCAUCGCCCCGCAAGAUGAAGAAGGCUGCUCAAUACAGGAGACUGGAACAUGAGGUUAGAAUGAAGAACUUGAAGUUUGAGAGGAACUGUGUUGAAGCCGAACACAAGCUCAAAUGUGAACUUUUGCAAUUGAAGAUCAAAUACUACAAGAAUAAACUAGACGAAGAACGUUGCAACCGACCCUCUCAAGCCGACGUCACCCAUGUUGGACCCGAAUAACUUGUUGAAAGUAAUUUUUGUGUGGAUUCGUUCCUACCGUCCGGACCUCAAUAUGAAGUGGACGGUGUUGAGAGUUUAUGGUUCAGGGAGUAUCCACUGUUCACAUGUUGACAUAUUUCUUGAUACUCGUGGAUAUUUGAGCGAGAAAUGGUGUGCCGGUUUAGUGUCGUGAUCCUUGCCAACUAAUAAUGGGUGCUACUGAGAAGAGUCACACACUUCAAAACAGCCAGUAUUUACUCCAGACACACUCAGGGUAACUAACGCAUUGUAUUAAAUAAUGUAGCCAUUUCGGUGGCUUGCUUCGAUCGAAAGUGCAAUGUAGCGGUGUCCUCCCAUAAGAGCUACAUGGCAUUCGAAUAACACUAGUCAAAUACCGGUGUGUAUGCACCUGUCUUUUACUUGUUUGUCUAUGUAGAUAAUAAUGAUGUAAUCACGUGCCUCAGACAUAAUUAUAUCAAUAUUUAGUUUAUAAUAUACGUCUAAAGGGAAGUUAAAGAAAACACACUUCUUUCAUAAGACCUGUUUGUCUGUCAUAGCAUAACAUGGGUUAAAUAUGUGAAGCUAUUUUCUGGUGGAUAUAGCUGGAAUAUUUAUAAAAGCGGCUUAAAACCCAACUCACACAAAUCUGUCAAGGCGAUGGGUAAUGCACCAAUUGUGAUGUUCCUUAACUUGUUUUGAGUGAUAUAUUUUGACAUUCAUGAUCUAUAUCAAGCUGUUAGAUGCAGCGUUAUCGUUUAGCUAAAACCAUAUAAACAUCAAAUUGAUCUUUCUUUCAAGACACGAAUUAUGAGCAAAACAAUAACACUGUGUUUAAUGUAACAUUGCAAUAUAACAGACGUAGCCUACUUGUUCAAUCCAAUAUGGUGUCUCAUGUGAAGAACAUAAACUGUGGGGGAAAAGAAACUAUACCUCUGUUGAUUUGAUUGUAUCAUGUGUUUGAUUUUCAUCUGAAAACAUUUCAAGUUGGCGAUGUUAUAUCCAACAAAAAAAGCUAAAAGGUUUUUUUUCGCAUAUGCUGAUUGGUAAUUUAGACAUCUUAUCUUGAAAAUCAAUAAAUGUGUUGUUGUUUUUUUCGCCACAAAUUUACAACAUUAAAAAGUUGGUAAAGGUUAAGUGGUUACAAAUUAAUUUUUUAACCGAGUCUGCAUUGAACCAAUAUAUGUUUACCCCAGUUACCCAUCCAAAGAUUACUUUUUACCAACUGCUGAAGGAAUGAAUGAUGGUUCAAUAGACACAUUCAAAUAUGGCAACAGUUCUUUCAACUUUCAAUUGCAUAAAAAACGAACUCGGUAUACUUUCUUUUCACCCGAGAUUUAAAUCAUAGACGCUUCAUAAUUUUCUUCAUCUGGCUGUUCUCCUUGUUCCUCUGAGUGUUGAUGCCCUAACCAACCACAUGUCGCUGAUGUCACCCAGUGACUAUACGAUUUGAUUGACCCAUACUGUGUUGAGUGUGUUCUCAUAUGGCUGCAGACGUGUGUAUGAUUACGUUAUGGCGGCUCUCUUCAUUAUAAAACCGAGACUCCCUGUUAAUGCAUGCAUAAACUCUGUAUUCUGACAUCUAAGAGCCAUGCUUUACUCAUGAGCUAAGAUUAAUGUGAAGAUGAAUGUUUUCAAUGAGACAUAUAUUUAUACAAUGCUAUUAUCAUUUGUGACACAAAUGAGAUACGAACAAUAUGAAUGUUGUACUUACCUUGCCCGUCCUUGAACCUUUCUUAUCGUUUGUUUUGUUGUACAAAGUGAUAACGAGAAGACGUUUUCCAAGUUUGCAUUUUGUGACAAAUGUUAUUUGAUAUAGAAUAUAUAUAGACAUAUAUGUUUACAUGUACUACAUACGAAGUAUCCAAAGUAGAAGGGUGUGAUUAUUGAUUAUUUGUUGUUUAACGCCGCACUCAGCAAUAUUCCAGCUAUAUGACGGCGGUCUGUAAAUAAUCGAGUCUGGACCAGACAAUCCAGUGGUUGACAUUAUGAGCAUCGAUCUACGCAAUUGGGG